UCUAAUACUGGCCCGCUGAAGCGGCGUUCCUGGGAGUUAAACCCUGUCUGAACGAGUAACUGAGGAUUUCCGUAAUAUUUCCUUUAGGUCGCCGGUGCGUGAAGUGCAAAUAUUGAUCUGGCGCUGCAGUGGCGGCCGGGACUGUUUCCGUGGACUGUUGAUUAUGAUGUAAGACGGAGCUCUCUCUCAAACUCGGAGCAGGUGAGAGAGCGGGGCAGCCAUGCUGACGUUGGCGAGCAAGCUGAAGCGGGACGAGGGCGGGAAGGCUGGCCGCACCCCCAGUGGCACCUCUGACUCCACCCAAAGGGUGUCCAUCCGGGAUCGGCUGCUGAUAAAAGAAGUUGCAGAACUUGAAGCCAACCUUCCCAGUACCUGUAAAGUCAACUUUCCCGAUGUGAACAAGCUCCACUCCUUUCAGCUGGCUGUGUCCCCAGAUGAAGGCUACUACCAGAGCGGAAAAUUCCAGUUCGAAAUAGAUGUCCCUGAAGCCUACAACAUGGUGCCUCCCAAAGUGAAAUGCUUGACCAGAAUAUGGCAUCCGAACAUCACGGAGACUGGAGAGAUUUGUCUAAGUUUAUUGCGGGAGCAUUCGAUCGAUGGCACUGGCUGGGCCCCGACCAGGACGCUAAAGGACGUGGUCUGGGGAUUAAACUCCUUAUUUACCGAUCUACUGAAUUUCGAUGACCCGUUGAACAUUGACGCAGCGGAGCAUCACCUACGAGACAAGGAGGAUUUCCGGAACAAAGUUCAGGACUUCAUCAAGAACUACGCCAGAUGAUGACUGCGCCAGCUGCGUCGGCUGCCUGCCCCCCCCACCCCCCCUCCGUCUGCGACUGCGCAGCUGGAGCCCCCCACGACCGACCUGCUCAGCACACACCUCCAGCCACACCCCAGACUGCAAUACAAAACCACCAAAAAAAAAAAGAAUCUAGAUGUUAAAAUUUUAAAAAAUAAAUGGGGGAAAAAAGAAAAUGCUUUAGCACUCCUCUCUAGGUCCCUUAAGGCAAGUCUCCAAUUACUGGAGCAGUGAAAAGGAACGUUGAUCAGAUGUUUUGUUUUUGUUUUUCCAAAACUCAUGGGUGAGCUUGGUGUGGUGACCUCAAGGUCACUGAAUCAAUUCACUUUAACACGCAGCGCGAGAAAACCCGACGACUACGAUGAUCAUGACGACGAAGUGGAUAGACCCUCGUUACCACCAUCCCUCCAUGCUAGUGCCUGCCCCUCUCCCCUCUUUGUUCUGAGAGAAAUCCCCCAUGUAGCUGGACACUCUCUAACUGAAAUAAACCACACUGCCUGCUCCCACUCCUGACAGCAUGCGAAUUGCCAAGGUCACAGGCCCCGAUACUGCCUGCGACACCCAGCACGCCUACGCGGACACCGCGUCCUUCUCCCAUGCCCAAAGGGGACAGAAGUGUUACUCCGGCUCUCUGUGCUUAAUGCCAAUGGUGACGUUGUACGAUCUGCACGGCCUGUCUGUGGCUGACGGCUGUGGCUCCGGAUUCUGCUGCACCACAACCGUCGACCUUACCUGGCUGAGCGAAAAAUGAACGAAGCGAUUGUUCUUCUCUGAGGACAUGCGCGGUCUGCCGCUGGGUCACUUCCUUCGUCCUCGCUUCCUGUCCCCGCUCCUGUCCCAUCUGAGCAUGCGUGAAGGUUGCCCAUCCCUCCACACUGCAGACGCGCCCUCACACGCCACCGUUCACACAACCGCAGCCUUGUUAUUUGUUGGGAAGUCGGGACGUGGUUUUAAAUAUGUGUCAAUGAGGUGUACUGUAGAUAUUAGAGUGAGCGAGUGCAUGUUGGGAUACAGUUUGGCUUAUGGGUGCUUUAGCAUAUAUAUCUCUGCUCAUGUUUGUGUCAGAGUGACUAUGUGUGUGUGCAUGCUAACUCUGUGUGCGAAAGUGUACGUGGGUGUUAGAGCUGUUUUUGGGUCAAGGUAUGUGUAGGUGUGGGGAUGACUUAAGUGGGCUUGCUGUGUGUGUUGGUUGUGAGUGUCCAUGGUUGAGUGUGUCUAUGUCUGUGUGUGUUUGUAUGUAUGUAUGUAUGGCUGAGUGUUUGAAUUGUUUGGUUGUGUGUCUAUGGCUGUGUGUGUGUGUGUGUGUGU